UAUUUGCAUAAAAAAAUGUGAGGUAGCAAGAAAUGGCGUCGCAAGUUGUUUUUUAUUCGGAAUCAAUGUGUUUCUAAUCAUUUCACGUGAAUGUUGAAGUUACUCGCGUUAUGAUUCAAAAAUUUACUAGUGUUGUCGAUGUUUCAUUGAAGAAAUACCGUCAGUUAUCCGUGAUUUCCUUGUUCACUGUAAGACAAUGGCGUCAAGUGAAUCUGUACAAACGAAUGUAAAAGUAGUAGAAAAUCGUGACUUCGCUGACGAUUAUAUCAGUCCAAACAGCGAAGCAGAUGCCGGCGAGGGCACUAAACGCCGCAGAGUGACUCACGACUACCGAAGACUUUCGAAAUUGGGCUACGACCCAAGUAUGUCAUCCAGUGCGAAACUUGUACAAUCCUCUGAUGCAAAAGGUAAGAAGCGAAAGCGCAGUGAAGAAUUGUAUAAAGAUGUCUGCCUAUGGGAGGAAGGUGGAAAACCAGCGAAACUUAGCAAAAUAUGGCCCGUAUUCGAUUCCGGAGGGUACGGCAACGCUGCCAUGCUAAGUCUCCAUGUGAUGAAGAAGACGCCUCCACCAAAAAAUCCUCUUUUGUAUGAUUGGACCCUUUCCAACGUAUUCCAAGACCCAGUGACUCCAGACUGGUUUGGAGGCCUGAAUGCCUCAUGGAGACAAAUGCAGUUGAACAAUAAAGUACCAUAUGAUGACGUCACAAAGCGGAUAUUCUCAUCGGUAUCAAGACAACUCCGGAUAAUCAACACUCAUCUUCAAAGAUCAAUGUUCCGAUACAAAUAUCCCAGAGUGACAAGAUCGAAUGUUUUACUGGAUAAUUCCAAUGUGCGUAGACCUGGCACUCAUUUCAGUAUGACGAUGAGGGCUAUACGGUUUCAGUCUAACCCGCGGAGGGAGUUGCCGUGUUAUGGGAACUUGGAGCUUCCGUUUAAGAUUAAGCAAGAGAAUACGUCGCAUGUUCCAGCUAUUAUGACGAACGUUAAGUCUGAACCGGAUAAGAUAAAAGAGGAGAAGAUUAAAGUUGAGAAGAAAAGAGAUAGGGAGAAGGAAAAGGAAAAAGAGAAAGAGAAGGAGCGCGAAAGGGACAGAUCAUCCCACUCUUCGCGCCACUCAUCAUCAUCAUCAUCGUCCUGUCACCAUUGUCGCCGCCGUGCCCGCAUCAAGCGAUGCUCCAUCGGCGUUCAGUGUCGCCGAGACCGCUCCGUGUCCACGGCGACCGCCUCGCCCAAUGCCUGGGGACCCUCGCUGGUGGAGAACCCAGCUAUCAAAGGGCUAAAGUACCACAGGCUAAUGCGAGUGGACACCCAUCCUAAUGGCGGCGCCAGCGUGGUGUACCUCAACCAGAGGGAUGUGGACAUGCUCAGCGUCCACCAACAGGAGUCGCUCGCGAAGGAGUUUCUGAAGUUGGUGUUUUCCGAAGACAGUGAAGGCUGGGCUCAUUUCGUGUGCGGCGUCGUCCGCGGAGCCGCCGCACGGUUCCCCUGCCUGUUGCAGCAUCUCGCCGCAACCCACCCCAACUUGCCGGUCAAAGCUGGAGUCCUGGCCAGGGCUUCGGACAUUGAGACUACGACGCUCACAAAAUACUAUCAACAGGUGCAACAGUCGUACGCGGCGGGCACGUUCCGCUGCGGGCCGCUGCACCAGAUCUCGCUGGUGGGCACCGUGCACGAGGAGGUGGGCGGCUACUUCCCCGACAUGCUCAACAUGCUCGACGAGUGCCCCUUCCUCAGGAUGACGAUGCCAUGGGGCCCCAUGUCAGCCGUAGAAAUGGAGCCGCAAGAGUCGAACGACGGCCCCAUACUGUGGAUCAGGCCCGGGGAACAAUUGGUGCCCACAGCGGAAUUGGGCAAGAGUCCUAUCAAGAAGAGACGCACCGGCAUCAACGAGCUGCGCAACCUGCAGUACCGGCGCUGCAGCGAGGCGCGCGAGUCGCUGUUCGAGGACCGCACGCGCGCGCACGCCGACCACGUGGGCCACGGGCUCGACCGCAUCACCACCGCCGCCGUCGGCGUACUGAAGGCGAUACACUGCGGCGACGAGUCGGACCGCGGCAGGAUAACCAAGGACGUGGUGGCGUUCCACGCGGCGGACUUCAACAAGCUGGUGCGGCUGCUGCAGCUGGACCUGUACGAGCCGCCCAUCUCGCAGUGCGUCACAUGGCUAGAAGAGGCGAAACUUAACCAACUGCGCAGGGAGGGUGUUCGCUACUCCCGCCUCCCGUUAUGUUCAGAUGACAUCUACUUCCUGCCCAGGAAUAUCAUUCAUCAGUUCAGGACUGUUUCCGCUGUCACGUCAGUUGCGUGGCAUCUCCGCCUGAAGCAGUAUUACCCAUCAUCAGAGGCUUCUUCACCAGCUGAGGAGAGACCAGCAGAUCCGCAACCGGUCAUCACUGACCACAGCACGGACACCAAAAAGUCGUCAACAAAACUGAAAACCGGCGUUAUAGAGAUGAGAGCGCUCAGUGCCAAGUUUAAAGAGAAAACUCCGCUCAAGAUACAGAACUCCAGAAAAAGCGUAGAGGUCCAGGCUAAAGUUGAUGAAAAAAAGGAAAAGAAAUGUGACACCAAAUCGGAAAAAGACAAAAUCGAAUCGAAAGAACAGAAACAUGAAAAGAACGAUGUUAAAGAAGUGAAAACUGAGAAGGAAAUCAAAACGGAACGCUCUGAACAUAAGGAUAAACACGAGAGUAGAAGUGAGAAGGAUAGAUUGAAGAAAGAGAGGUCGGACAAGGAGAAAACGGACUCGAAAUCUGAUAAAGUUGACAAGAACCAUCAUAAGCAUAAGGACGAUAAACACAGAUCUGAUCAUCAUAGGAGGCAUUCGUCCUCUCGCCCGCACAAGUCGCAUAAAUCUGACAAGCCUUCUGACAGACCCUCAGAUCGUACAAGGGAACACAGGAAGGAGCACAGAAGCUCGGAUAAAUAUGAAAAACAUAAGGACAGUCAAAAAAGUGAAUCAAAGCCGGUGGACAGUGUAAAGUUACCACAAGAGGUGGUGCAUCGACCUCCGGACUAGUGUGUGUGUGUAACUAAAUGGUUUUAAGUGAAGUGAAGUUUUGCUGACGGAGAAGACGGAGUCUGGAUGAGAUGGUAAUGUUUUGAGAUUGAUCCUAGAUUAAGUAUUAAUGUGUGGUUUAUAAGAUGUUUAACAGGAAACUUUGUAUAACAUCAAAGACUUUUCAAUAACUGAAAUCUAUCUAUCAUGGUGCCGACUUCUGGCGCGCUUGUCUGUGACACCCGAGGUCCCGGAUUAGAAUCCCAAUCAAGUCAUGAUAAAAACGAACUUUCUCUGAUUGGCCUGGGUCUUGAAUGUUUAUACAACAAGUAUUGGUUGUAAAAUAUAGUAUCGUUGAGUUAGUAUCUCGUAACACAAGUCUCGAACUUACUUCAGGGCUGGGCUUACUCUAUCAGUAAUCUGUCCUGUGUAUAUCUAUAUUUAUAUGCCGGAAAGUUUACCUCUUUUGCCAAACAUCGCAGAUCAUAAAUAACUUGCACUAUGUCUGUGUUCCUGGUCAUACCAGGAGGCAAAGUUUGUGUAGUGUUGCCAGUAAUUUUAACUUACCAUUACAAACCUAUAUAAAACAUGCACAUGCAAUGCAAUGGCCUAACCCAUCCCUAUACGUGUUUUUCGAGUUGGGAAUAAUGAUUUACGGCGGAGGUGCGGAGCUGUGCUAGACGACUUGGAGACGAUGCUAUCCCAUCAUGACGUAACUUUUGUAUGAUCCACUUGUCCCACUUAAAAAAUUACCAACCAAACAAACACUUUCAUCCGUUCGAAAAUGAAUCUUAAUGUUUUACAAAAAAAAACACAAUCCACAACGAGCAGUUUUCAUUUCAGUUUUCAGAUUGUAAGCUUUAUUGCAACCACUAAGAUCCAUUUUGAAUGGUAUGGCGGUUCUAAUAUCGGAAUUUUUUUUUUUGCUCUCAUUGGUGAAUCACUACAUAGUAUAAAGCAAAGUCGCUU